AUGCCACCCCGCAAUUCUACCCCUUCUAGUUCUGAGCCAAAUCCUGAAAACCUUGAGGGUGUUUUUAAUGCUAUUAGAAGUCUUGCUGAGGUGGUGGAAAAACAUGUUAGUACUAGUGGAACAGCUAAGCCCAAAGAUGCUAAGAUUGAAGGAUGUACCAUUGAGCAAUUCAGGAAAAUGGGUCCUCCUUCAUUUUUGGGAAACCCUGAUCCUAUAGAAGCAAAGACUUGGAUAAUGCAAAUGGAGAAAACAUUUGAUGUGGUUGGUUGUACAGAGGUACAAAAAGUCUCUUUUGCUUCAUUUAUGCUGAAAGGGGAAGUAGAGCAUUGGUGGAGAUCCACUAAAAAGACUUUGCCACUUGAGGAAGAUGAGAUAUUGACUUGGACUAUUUUCCUUGAUGCUUUUUAUGAGAAAUAUUUUCCAGAAAGUGUACAGGAUGAGAAAGAAGUAGAGUUUAUGGAGCUCAUUCAAGGGAAUAAAACGGUGUUACAGUAUAAGGCUAAAUUUAUUGAGUUGGCUUGA